UGGAGAUACCCCACAGCAUAGCACCAGAGACCUUAAAGUUACAAGAGAUUUUAAGGUUAAGCCGAGAAAUACAAGCUUUUUAAGGAGAAAUAUUAACAAUAAGGAUAAGUUUAACUCAACCUUCUCCAUUCAGCCAACAAAGUAUGAGAAACCAACCAGAAAAUGGAAACAGAAGAAGAUAUUUACUAAAGCUAAGGAAUUCUUGGAUAUCACCUUUAAUCAUGCUCAGACUCCUGAAAGGGAAACAAAACCAAUGCUUGAGAACAGAAGAGAAAGCCCUCACCACUUAAUGUUCCAAUAAAAAUACAUAAUUAAUCAUUUUGCAGCAGGGCAUAAAGGCUUAAAGUUCUCUACUAGAGCAAGAAGUACUCUCAUCUCAAAACAAAGAGAUGAGAUUUCAGGUAGAGUUUCAAGAAACCACGACUUAAGCACCACAAAUUCAGUGUUAAAGCACCAUACAAGUGUUGUUUCCUCAGAUCAACUAUCCAAUACUCAUUCCACUCUCCAAAAAGUUAGACCUUGAAACUACUGGAAUACUAAAAGAAACUCCUUGAAAAUAGAUAACAGGAAUCAAGCCUACAAUAGCAUGGGCAGAGGCCCCAAAAAUGGGAAUAAAUUUUCGGCUUAUUCUGAUAAUACAAAUCAGAACAUCAUCGUUCAGAGAUCUGGAAGCAUCAUUCAAAUACCUAAAAGGCCUCCAGAUUUGAUAAAAUCUAGAAUAUCUGCUUUUCGUUCUAGAAAUAGUGCUCAAAAAUUAGCUAAGACUAAAACCAACCUUCAAAGCAUCCUCCAGGAGCCUCCUAAGAAACAGGAAGAAGCUGAACAAUUAAAACUUGACUUCCAAAUCCCCCAAAUAGAAGCAGAUGGCACUGAAAAUGAAAAUGAGGAGAAAGGCAUCCAGUUCUGGUUUAAAAGAGGAAAGCAAAUAUCAGAAAAACAAGAAAUCGAGCCUGCCAUGGACGCAUACAUUCAAGGACUAAUGGUUGACGAUAACCAUUGGCAGACUUAUCACAACCUCGGCUGCUGAGCAAGUUUGCUUGAUAAAAAUCAAACAGCUUUAAGAUACUUCCAAACUGCUCAUAAAAUAUGCCCAAAUGAGCUCUAUCCAAUUUAUGCCCUCACCAUAACCAAAAUUAGACUCGGAGACUUAAACAUAAGCAUGAAAUACAUUAGGAAAGCCAACAAAAUUCUCAACCACCACAAAAAUAAAUGCGUCGAAACCUCAAAAAUCGCUUUCCAAGAAUCGACUACAACCCUUAACGAUGAACAGCAAGCAAAUUUGAUAUACUUCGAAGCCCUCUGAAGGAAGAUCAAUGGAGAUCUCCAACAAGCAAAUGAGCUUUAUAAUAAAUUGUCUCAAAAACUCUCGAUGAAAGAAAAAGCUCUAGUUGUGAAAUACACAAUUGGGCUCCUCCUGAUUCCCACACUUGAAGAGAGAUCAGAUGUCACACAUUUUGUUGAAAACUUGAAAGAUAUCCUAGAGCUUUAUACUGUCAAAGAUGAACAACCUGAUGUAACCAAUUUUAUGUCACUGAUCCCCAAGAUAUAAACAAACCUCCUUCAGAGAUUGUUGAUAAAAAGAAGACAAAUAAAGAAAAUAGCAUUGAAAUGAAGUAUAUGACUAUUAACUUUGAGACAUCUGAAUGUCGACACCUUCUUCCAGAGAUCUUGAAAGAUCAACCUUCUUCAAUUCUAAACUUGAUGAAACUAAAGAUUUUCAACAAUGAUGUGAUCUUCACAGAAAAUAACCUCGUGUAUAUCAUAAUCUAUGGAGAUGUUAUCAUAAAGGAAUUUGAGCACAGCACAUUUCCAAAUAAAAUAAUGGCGUUACUCAAACGUGGAGAUGUCAUUGGGUCAAAAUAUGAAGCACAAUCCAUAAAAUUUGAUAGCUGGGCUAUAGCCCGAGCUACUACUCUUGCUGCGAUAUUUGAUCAGGAAACAUUUUCAAAGAUCUGGUACAAUCACCAGACAAAAUAAGAGACUUGUCCUUCAACCCCAUCUUAAGUGAAAUGAGCUUUUGAAAAACUGUUGUGAACUGACAAUAUUCCAUUUCUACAAUUGGAUGGAAAUUAAAACAUACAAAUAAAGGAUCUCUCGUUCUUCCUCAAUCUAAAAAGUCAACGUUUAAUAACCAUUACAAAAUAUUUUAUGAUGAAUUUAAGAAGAAAAGAUUAGGUACCAGAAAAUGGGAUACUGAGCUUUCUCAAUUUCACACUCAGAUUUCAUCUUUCUUUAUUGCAAUGGCUGAACCUACAAAGAUCGCAGAUAUUGUUCCAAAAGAUCUUCCUCAGCCAAUUAAUUCUGACUCAGAACUUGAGGAUUUUGAUGCUGAACCUUGUGGAAUCUACAUAAUUCUAUCAGGCACUUGUGAACUAAUUGCAAAGUCAAAAUGAUAUCAAGAAAAGCCAAAUUCUAAAAACUUAACAGAUGAAAAAGCUUCCACAAAUAACUCACGACCCAGCCCUUGUUCAAAAAUGGUAUCACUCAAAACUUUAGUGAAAGGAGACUUCUUUGGGGAAUCAGAAAUCUUCAGAAUCCCUGACUUGACUUACUACGGCCACAUUUUUGUCUCAAAGGAGCAAGAUUGUGAAAUAAUGUUCCUUAACUACAGAGCUUUCAGAAGAAUCCCUCUCUGGGAGCUUGAAGAAAUCAAGAACAGAUUUGAAAAUAAGAAAGGAGAAUAUCAAAACAGGAACAAUGUUAUUGAAUAUUGCCUCAAACUCAUGACUAAGAAGUAGAAAAUAGCCUCCCAGGCCCAUGACUGUAACUCAUAGAUUAUAUGAAUCAGGCUAAAGAGCAUUUUUUUAAAUGAGUUCUACUAAAUUCAAUUUAGCC